AUGUUUUGCUGCCGGAGUGAAGAAUAUAAAGAACAGAACCGCAUCAACAAAGAAAUUGAGAAACAACUGAAGCGCGACAAAAAAGAUGCACGUCGAGAGCUUAAACUUCUCCUCCUUGGUACCGGUGAGUCGGGCAAAAGUACCUUCAUCAAGCAAAUGCGCAUCAUACAUGGAGCAGGUUAUUCGGACGAUGAGCGAAGAACCUUCAUCAAAAUUGUUUAUCAAAACAUAUACAUGGCUAUGUUUACGAUGGUUCGUGCUGUGGAAAGUCUAAAAAUCCCUUAUGAAAACCCAGCAAACAAGGCAUAUGGGGAAGCAAUAAAAGAGAUCGACUAUGAGACCGUUACCACUAUGGAACCACAGCACGUUGUAGCUAUCAAAUCAUUGUGGGAUGAUCCAGGUAUUAAAGAAUGCUAUGAUCGUCGUCGUGAGUAUCAACUAACAGAUUCAGCAAAAUACUAUUUAGAUAAUCUUGACCGAAUUUCACAAUCAGAUUAUUUACCGACGCUUCAAGAUAUUUUACGAGUUCGAGUUCCUACUACAGGCAUUGUAGAGUACUUGUUUGAUUUGGAUUCUAUCAUAUUUCGGAUGGUUGAUGUUGGUGGACAACGUUCUGAACGUCGAAAGUGGAUACAUUGUUUUGAAAGUGUAACUUCAAUUAUGUUUCUAGUUGCAUUAUCUGAAUAUGAUCAAGUUUUGGUGGAAUCUGAUAAUGAGAAUCGUAUGGAAGAAAGUAAAGCGCUCUUCAGAACAAUCAUUACUUAUCCAUGGUUUCAAGAGUCAUCUGUUAUUUUAUUCCUGAACAAGAAAGAUCUUCUAGAAGAGAAAGUACUUUAUUCUCACCUUGUUGAUUAUUUUCCUGAAUACGAUGGUCCUCAACGCGAUGCAGAAGCUGCCCGUGAUUUUAUUUUAAAAAUGUUUGUUGAAUUAAAUCCUGAUCCUGAGAAAAUAAUCUAUUCUCAUUUCACAUGUGCUACUGAUACAGAGAAUAUACGUUUUGUUUUUGCUGCUGUAAAAGAUACAAUUCUUCAGUUGAAUUUAAAAGAAUAUAAUCUUGUUUGA